AUGGAUCGAAAAAGUCUUCUGCAGACAUUUGCGCUGUCGUACCUCCUGUUCUUUCAGGUUGUGAUCGGCACAGAUGAACCAAGCGAAAGUGAGAUGAGGAAGAAGUGCUGUCCAGUAACAGCAGGCCCAGCAGGUCGAGAUGGAUUACCGGGACGAGAUGGAGCACCAGGACGGGAUGGACUACCGGGACGGGAUGGUGCACCUGGACCCAAGGGGGACGUGGGACCACCAGGGCCAGAGGGAAUCCAAGGAGAGCCUGGGACCCAAAGGAGAUGGAAACAGUGUUCUUGGAACCACAUCAAUUCUGACACUGAUAAUGGACGAGUUCUGGAAUGUCCGUUUACCAAGGCUGCCUCAAACACAUCCCUCCGGGUUGUUUACAUGGGCAACCUUCACAUCUACGAUUGCACAAAGUGUUGCAUGAGAUGGUUUUUGACUUUCAACGACAUCGAAUGCAUGGCUCCCGCUGCUAUUGAUGCUGUUGUGUACCAGAGUGUCGACCUAAAUAUUCCUCGCCCCGCCAACAUAGAAGGCUACUGCACAGGAAUCGCCAAAGGCCUGGUGCGUGUUGGCUUGCACGUCGGUCAGUGCCAUGGUUUCGGUAUUUCCAACGCCUACACCGGCUGGAAUUCAGUAAGCAAGAUCAUUAUUGAGGAGAUUGAGCCCCCUGUUGCUUAA